AUGUCUUCUCCGGCUUAUGGGGUAGAUGAGUACGGGGGUGGAGGGCAGAGUCAGCCUGUGGCAGAUCCUCUGGCAGCGCCUGUCAGGCAUGGUCUUGAUCAUAUUGAUCUUAGUGAGUGGGAUACUGGGGCUGUCAUGGCUAGUGAGCAUAGUCCCAACACAAUCACUAUCGACAAUACUACAACUGUCGACGAUACUGCAGCUGAUGAAGAUAAUACGAGUGAUAUCGCCUCCAUGACUACAUGUUUUUCCGACUCUUCGACUCUUUCCGACGCCACAACACUUGUGGACAGUGAUGAGUUUGACUUUGACGAGUCUGAAUAUUCGGACAUGCCGACACUCUCAUAUACACACUCGGAUGAUGAAUCCAGUUUGGGAUUAUUGGAUGACUUUACGGAUGAGGAGGCAUCCAAUGAAACAUUUACCUGGGCUUGUCCGUUUUGUCAUGGGAUGGGUGAUUUGGAGGAGUGGGUGCGUUGGAAUACGGAUCUGUUGUAUGGGUCGUGGGAUUGGAUAUAG